GCCACACACAACUGGAUCCGUACGAAGCGCUUUUCCCCCGUUUUCUCGUCACUACAAAGUAGGAAAUUAGACGGAGGAGAGGAGUGCUUAUCAAAGGAAUAGCCAGCAGCAUUGUGUUACUUAAUAGUUGGUGUUGUACCAGUUGUACUUUUUAUGUACGCCAGUGUGGUGGUGUGCAGUGAUUCAUUGUUCUUUGCGAGAAGUACAGCAAAGUUGACGAACGGACGAGAAGUAACAAUAUUCCGAAGCCAUGAAACCCUAAUUUCCGCAACAAACUGACCCUAAGAUGACUGGUGUCCGGCAACCUUAACCUUUCGCUGUCGUCAACAAAGUAAGCGGGGUGUUCAGCAGGCGCCCCUGCACUGUUUUGGCUUUCGUCCAUCAAACCCCGAAACAGCAGGACCCCGAGGCGACUAGAUCUGCUAGGAAUUACACUAUCUUCGGUGCACGAGAUUAAGGCUGUGCGAUAAACGACGACGAGGAUCCUUCAUCCGAUAAGUUGACCGCUCUAGCCGUACAUGCCCACCAAGCAGUUCCUGCCGUCAGUGUGGUUCGGUGAAGUGGCAGGUACGGUACACGGUCCCACAGCUGGCCGAUAAUUAAUCGCAACUUGGUCUUGUCCAAUUGGCAAAGAGGAAGAGGGCCAAGCAACGAGCAGCAAGAGGAGCAGAAAGUAAAAAGGGUAACCAUAAGUAGCGGCUGCUGCGUACUUUUUUGCCGUUGCAAAAGAAGAGACCAUUCUGGAAAGAUGCAAGUGCUAAGCAAGAUGACCCCGGUGCCCGUCACCUGCCUGGAGUAUGUGCACCCGUGGACGCAAUCGUGCACCGUCGCGACGGCCGAACUGAUGAUCAUUGGCGUCCAGUACUGUCUGCGCAUAUACGCAGCCGUUUAUGCGCUCUCGCUGGUCAUGCGCGGUCGGAUACCGUCCCUGCCGGAGCUGAAGAAAACGUUGCGCGGCUGGCUGCAGUCGACCGCCUUCCUUACCACCAACGCGUUCAGCUACUCGAUCAUGAUGUGCUCGCUGCGACGGCUGCUGGGAAGCUACAAUUUCUACACCGCCUCGUACGUGCCCGCCUUCUUUGCCGCGCUCAUCUCGAUCAUGGUGGAGCGCUCGUCCCGGCGGGCGCUGCUCGCGCUGUACGUGUCGAACGUGGCGACCGAAACGAUGUGGAACAUACUGCAAUCGCGGGGGCUGGUGCGAUCCAUACCGCACGGUGAGAUUGCCAUCUUCGGUGUGGCCACCUCGGUGCUGAUGUACUGCUACCGGAAGAACAGGCAGAAGGAGUAUCGCGAUUCGAUGUUCGAUGUCGUACGGUUCGCGAUCGGUGAUAGUGAGGUGAUGAAGGGGGACACGCCGUCGGAAGGAGUGGAAACGUCGGCUGUACAGAACGUCGUCGGUCGUGCAGAAUCGAGCCAGCGCGCUUCCAAGAGUCCAAAGUACCCUCUGCCCUUUAUACAGGCGGCAGUGCAGGCUUACCUGCAGCUUACCGGCCGGUUGAAGGCAAUGGGAAAGCAUAAGCUGUGUCGUCAUCGGUACGGCUGCGUGUAUGAUACGCUCUCUAGCGGUGGGCGCAUGUUCUCGAUCGGUCUCGGGAUACAGGUCGUGAUGAAGGCGGUGCUGCAGAUGCGGAAGUUCAUCAGCCGACCGGCACUGUUGCGCAAAACGUUCCUCAGCAAGGACAUUGCCCGGCUGGGACUGUUCCUCGGUGGAUUCACCUCUAUCUAUAAGAUGUCUUCCUGUCUGCUACGUCAUUUUACCGACAGUGAUAGUCCAAUGUUUGCCUUCCCUAGCGGACUGCUAGCUAGUGUUGCAUUUGCCUUCUACUCCGACAACACCAUUGCCUUGUACAUUAUGUGGAAAACGCUGCAGAUUACUUACAACUGGGGCAUAGAGAAGGGAUACUUACCGCGCGUGCCCGGUUUCACGGUGAUGCUGUACGCCGUCAGCACCGCCUUGCUGUUCCACGCUGCGACAAUCGAGCCACAAAAUCUGCGGCCAAGCUACUGGAAGUUUUUGCACUCCAUUUCGGGCGGAAGAAUCUGCAUCAUGGAUCGCAGCGGGUUCGAUGUGUACGGGCUAAACACCUCCGGCCAGAUACGCACCAUGAUGAACCUGUGCAAAACGGAACCAAUCCUACAAGGACGACUGAGCUGAGUCCGUCAACUGGUCGGCAGAAAUGUAAUUACUUCGUGAACUGGAAGCCACCCGCCCGGCAAGCGCACCGAAAUGGCUUUGGGUUGGGAGUUUGGAACAAGCUUUGAGCUUUUUAUUGGACGGGACCGCGAAAUGGUAAACCAAAAGCGAUUGGACGAAAAACCAAAAUCAAAGAUUAGUUAACAGAACGAAUUCAUACACAAAACAUACAACACACACACACACACUAGGCGCACUUAAGUGAAGCGGGUAAUAGGAUAUAGGUAGGGUAGGUUUAGUACUGCUGUGUAAUGCAAAAUUCCUUGUUACGAUUAGGACGGGUACUCAGUAAGUUUGUUUUGUUGCUUUGCAUACCUUUUUUUUUGAAAAUGCACGUCAGCAUGUUUCCUUUCGUUUUAGUUAUGAUGUUUUUUUAGAUACAUAUUGAACUAUCGUUGCCUUGUUUUGCUCUUAAUGGACAAAUAAAUUUAUAAAAGAAAUGUUAACCAUUUA